CAGUUUGGGGAUGGCAUCCUCUCCGAGUUAUUGCAAGACAGUCGGGACAGUGGAAGAUGAAAACGGUGAACUGGACCAGUCUCUGCAGCAAAUGCUCAAAGCUAUUGCCGAGGAACGGAACCGUCUGAACAUUCGUCAAGAAAUAAGUGGGUUAGGGUGUUUUAAAGAUGACCGGAUAGUAUUUUGGACGUGGAUGUUCUCUACAUAUUUCAUGGAAAAGUGGGCACCACGGCAGGAUGACAUGCUUUUCUAUGUUCGCCGGAAGCUUUCAUACGUCAGUGCCGACAAUACAGAGGGAAAGAAGGUGGAGGUAGAGGUGUACAGAAGAGACUCCAAAAAACUUCCUGGCCUCGGAGACCCUGACAUUGAUUGGGAAGAGAGCGUUUAUCUGAACCUCAUUUUACAAAAGUUGGACUAUGUGGUCACAUGUGCUGUCUGCACGCGCUCAGAAGCUGGAGAUAUUCACAUUCACAAGAAAAAGUCCCAGCAAGUGUUUGCCUCUCCCAGCAAACAUCCGAUGGACAGCAAAGGGGAGGAGUCCAAAAUGAGUUAUCCAAACAUCUUCUUCAUGAUUGAUAACUUUGAGGAGGUGUUCAGUGACAUGACUGUUGGAGAGGGAGAGAUGGUGUGUGUUGAACUGGUGGCCAGUGACAAGACCAACACGUUCCAAGGAGUCAUUUUCCAGGGUUCCAUUCGUUAUGAAGCCCUCAAAAAAGUUUAUGACAACAGGGUGAGUGUGGCAGCCAAGAUGGCUCAGCGUAUGUCUUUUGGAUUCUACAAAUACAACAACAUGGAGUUUGUGAGAAUGAAAGGGCCUCAGGGAAAGGGCCAUGCUGAGAUGGCUGUGAGUAGAGUGCCCACUGGCGACACUUCCCCCUGUGGCACGGAGGAGGACCAGGACUCACCUGUCCACGGUGAAAGGGUAACUUCAUUUAGCACUCCACCAACUCCAGAGAGGAAUCGACCCUCCUUCUUUUCACCAUCGCUGCGCCGCAAAGUGCCCCGCAACCGCAUAGCUGAGAUGAAAAAGUCCCAUUCAGCUAAUGACAGUGAAGAGUUUUUCAGAGAGGAGGAUGAUGAAGAUCUGUGCAAUACCACAAACCUGCGAUCACGGUCUCUGUCAGGAACGGGUCGCUCAUUAGUGGGUUCCUGGCUGAAGCUUAACCGCACGGAAGAAUACUUCCUGUUAUACUCUCAUCUCACCUAUGUGACCCUUCCCCUACACCGCAUCACCACAGAUAUUCUGGAGGUGAGACAAAAGCCUAUCUUGAUGACAUAGCAGCGUCAGCUGCCCAAGACACAUUACUAAGUGCCUCCUUGCAUCAGGCCACUGAGACAACACCACCAUCUAGUGUC